AGUCACACCGACGGAUGCUGAGGUUACCAAGCACGCAGAACCAAAACAUUGGGGUUCUGCACUCCUAUUGGCUGAGAAAGUGAGAGAUGAGUGAUUUGACCAAUAGUACACCGGAUGGGCGGGCAAAGCAAGUUAAUGUCAUCCAAUCAGACUCACCAACGAUGAAAAAUAGGAGAGGCUCCUGCUGGAAGUGGCGGUUGUUUCAGUAUGGCGUCUGUUGCUGAGGGCGCAAAUGGCAAUGGAAUCUACUGGAUUCAUGACAAAUCAGAUGAAGAACAGGGACAGCCCAUGGUUUUUGUUACAGGGAUGAGCAGGAACCUUGGCUUAAAGUUUGGUUCAGCAAAUAAUACAGAGGGAAAGAUAAAAAGGAGAGCUGGCAGCAUGGAUAAAAGUGGCAAGAAACCAGGAUUGCAUUUGGGAAUGGCAGUGGGAAAAGCUUCAGAUCGGAAGCUGCCUUCUACUGUAACCAAAUCCAAAACUACUACACCUGCACCAGAACCAGAACCAGACCUUCCUCCUUUGACUUCAGCUCAGACUCUCUUCAGCGCUGCCCAAGCCAAAAGUAAGCCAUCGCUGAAGGAUCUCUGCCCAGAGGACAAGCGUCGGAUUGCCAAUCUCAUUCAGGAGCUGGCCAGAGUGAGUGAAGAAAAAGAGGAAUCUGUACAGAAACUCAGGGAUGAACAGGAAACCUUUGAGAAACAAAUCAUGCAAUUAGAGCAACAAAACCAGCUCAUCGUCCAAGAGAGAGAAACAGUGAAAUAAAAGGGCAAGAGUCACACAUUCUGCAGAGAUGCGUUCAACAACCGCUGAGUAACAUACAGUCACAGGAACAAACAAGUAUUAAGCAACCUACACCCAAGCUUUCACAAGAGAUCUCCAUUACCAAAAAGGAUAUGGCCACUUCUCCUGUGAUUCCAGAAAGCUUCCGGACAUCUGCUCUUCCCAAAAUUCCUCCUCUUGGUCUUCCCAGGACUCCACAGGCCUCCAGGUGGGAUGACUCUUUGAUGGAGCUGUUGGACAUUUUUAGUCCUGUAUCUAACCCAGAGAGGUACCGAAUCAAUCCCUCGUCCCAGAAGAGUUUCGUCGCCCCUCUGUCCUCCCAGAAGACCGUUUUCUCUCCUCUACGCCCCAGUCGGUCCUCUUUGCAAGACCUGGAGGAGAGCGAGAUCUUAGAAGACAUCUUUUUCAUCUGUUGAAGGCUUGUAAUGGUGGCAAACUCAUUUGAAUGAUCAUUAAUUAUUCAUGUGCUCUUAAUUCUGCCUUUUUAGUGUCUUGAAAUAAUUAUGGUCUUAAUUUUUUUACGUAUUCAAGUGUUGUUUCUCCCUUAAUAAAAUGUGUUUAUUAAUAAA